AUGCCUUUCCUGCACGGCUUCCGCAGGAUCAUCUUCGAGUAUCAGCCCCUGGUAGACGAGAUCUUGGGGUUGCUGGUGAUACAGGAUGCGGAACGGCAGAGCGGCCUUGAGAGCCCUGCCUGUCUGGGCAGCGACAGGAGCCAGCUCUCGGCUGUGAGACGAGUCUUGGAGAGGGAGACCCACUCCCCGUUUUAUCAGGAAGGGGUGAGCUACACCCUGCUGAAAGUCACCGAGCUGGGGCUCGUCCCCGCCGCAGAAAUCCUGCUGGAGUUUGGAGCUGACCUCAGCUUUGAAGAUCCAGUCACCUACUACACUCCCCUGCACAUCGCGGUGCUCCGCAACCAGCCGGAUAUGGUGGAGCUGCUGGCGCGCCACGGGGCUGACAUCAACCGCAGAGACCGGGGACGGGUGCAGAUGGGGACUGAAACCAGCCCUGUGCAGUCCUCGGGAGAUGGGCUGGAGCAGGGCACGGGGUCUGGGUCCUUCCGACUCGCUCCUGCAAAUGCACACUGGUUCCAGGCUGGCAAGACAGCGCUGUUGCACGCCCUGGCCAGCAGCGACGGCGUCCAGAUCCACAACACGGAGAGCAUCCGUCUCCUGUUGGAAGGAGGCGCGGAUGUCAGAGCCACCACCAAAGAUGGUGACACUGUUUUCACCUACGUCAUCUUCCUGCUGGGAGAGACGGUGUGCAGCAACGCCGAGGAGGCGCAGGUGAUCAAUCGCUUCUGCUUUCGCGUCACACAGCUGCUGCUGGCCCACGGUGCCAACCCCAGCGAGUGCCCAGCCCCCGAGUCCCUCACCCACCUCUGCUUCAAAAGCUUCAAACACCACUUCCCGCUGCUGCGCUUCUUGCUGGAGUCGGGUGCUGCCUACAACUGCUCCCUCCAUGGUCCCUCGUGCUGGUCGGGAUUCCACAUCGUCUUCGAGUGCCUCUGCUCGCACCUCAGCGUCUCUGAAGAUGACAGCUUCUCUACAGACCUCAUCCAGAAGGGUCAGACUCUGCUGGAGCUCAUGAUGGCCAGUUCACAAGCUGUCCAGCUGCCCAGCAACUUCGAGGUCAACACCAGCAGCUGUAGGUACCACGGGGAGAAGAUCAGGACUCUCUUCUGCUCUCUGAAGCAGCUGGAGCGCUCCCCGCAAGCACUGAAACAUCUCUGCAGGGUGUUUAUCCGGCAGCGCCUUAAACCAUGGCCAGUAGAUGUCAAAAUCAAGGUCCUACCUCUUCCAGACAGGCUGAAGUGGUACCUCCUCAUCGACCAUGGUGCUGCUGGGCACGAGGACCUGAGCCUGACUGAUGCCUCUCCGUCUUUCCCCUCCACGGUCGUGGGUGCCUGCAGCCACCAAAUCUCUGCUCUGGGCCAGUUUUCUCCGCAGCAAGAGCUAGUGAGCAGCAGCGAGUUCAAGAGCGGGCAAGGGUCAAACACCCAAGCAAGGACUGGAGCCCUGAAAGUCCCAGAGGUGCUCGAGCUCCUGUUCGCUAGCAGAAGCCCUGUGCGACAGCGGUCAGCGGCCUGCUGCGGCCCAUGGAGCGUGGUGCUCACGGAGAAGACCUUCUUGCUCUUGUACUGA